GGACAAAAUCAAUGCCAUCCUCGCGAACCCCUUUACUACCAACUACCAAGGUAAACGAAGGCACACGAUACAGAGCCACCACUGCAACGAUGGCGAAACGAGUCAGCAGCCGGAAUUCGAACGAGGCCGCAUUGACUGGGGGCGUCAAGUCGGUCUUUCGGUUCUUUCGAUUCGCCGAGUUCGAAAUCCUCUUUGUUCUUUUCUUCGUAAUCGCUUUCAUCAUUUUCAAAGAUCUCACAUCGAGGCCGGAAUACAGUCAGAUUCUCGUAAAAAAGCCAGGCGGCGGUAGUAUUUGGCCUUACUAGCUGGAGAUUUCAUUGUUGGAUUAACAUUUGGUAUAUCAUUCAGUUUUUGGAUGUUGAUUGAUUGUGUACUUUCUUGUAACACAACAGAUUUUGUUGUCAUCCCUGUAUUUGUAUCUGUACAUGUAAUUAUAUGAUUAAAUAACAGCUUACAAUAUUUGUCGACGGUAA